AUGAAAUACGAUCAGGGGAACCAGCCAGAUGCUGACUAAUGCGUUGAGUGUAGCCAAGGAUGUGCUGAGGUUUUGGUAAAGGGGGGAGUCACCUGGGAGAGCCCUCUUCAGCGCUGCUAUAUAAGACUGAGCAGAUCACUCAGAGACCAUGAAACAGCUCCAGAAGCCAUAGGGAAGAGGAAGAGCGCCAAUCAGCAAACUCCGGUGUCAAACACUCGCCUCAAAAGAAGCACAGAAGCUCAAACAAUGAAAACAGCUCAGUCUCUUGCUGGACUUCUGCUCCUCAUCAUCAUCCAAAGCAGCUGGCAGGUGCCUGAUCAGGACGCCGACCGAAACUCUGUGUUAUUGAAUGAGAAUUCAAUGUUCAGCGAUCUCAGUGAGCCCCCAAACAUGAAGAGGCACUCGGAGGGAACGUUUUCCAACGACUACAGCAAAUACCUGGAGACGAGAAGAGCCCAAGACUUCGUUCAGUGGCUGAAAAAUUCAAAAAGGAACGGGAGUCUAUUCAGGCGUCAUGCGGACGGCACCUACACCAGCGACGUCAGCUCCUACCUGCAGGACCAGGCAGCAAAGGAGUUUGUGUCCUGGCUGAAGGCCGGCCGGGGCAGACGAGACUAAACUCCACAUUUUUUUCACUGACUUUGUGCCAUUAACUCUGUUUUUCUAUCUGUAUUCAUCUCUUUCUGGUAAUAAAUCCUCCCAAUCAAAGGUCCUGUUGGCCUUCACUGUCAAAAGAAACACUUUUUUGUGUGUCUAAAUCAUAAAUGUUGUAGGAAACUUCCAGCUCUUUUUGUCUCAACUGUUUCCUCCUUUGGGUUUGGGUGCAUUUCUGUCAAAGUAUGUGACUUCAGGGUUCUCAGACAUUUUCGAUUUUUCCUUUCACUGCACCUGUGAGCUUCAUUUAUCAUGAUUUAGUUUCUUUUUGAAGCCUUUUAGGUCUUGAUAGAAAAAGAAAGUGUGUAAAUUUCCGGUUUCCUCCUGAAGACAUCAAAUAAAAAUAAGCGUUUAAGGAAAAAUGUGGGUGUGGUGGUUUGUUUGAAAGAUUGUUUCAAAAAUUGCUGUGGACCAAUAUCAAACCUAUUGUUGUGUUACGAGACUCUCCAUAGACCAGCACUUAUUUUUCCUGUCAUGUUCCUCUAAUCCUACUUUAAAAGGCAGGAAAAAAAAAUCAAUAAACACAUGAGUCCAGUGGGAACUGUGCUGUGGGAUUUCUACACGCUAACACAGACGUGUGUCACCUGUCAACUCGCUCCCCGCUGAUGCUCAGCCCGCACACCCAGGACACUUAUGCUAAAUCAAAGCAAAAGGAAAUCAUGCCAAUCAACUGGCUGUCAGACUCGUUAGGAGCGACUGGGUCGACACAUUUGAUUUCCUCCUGGCGCUGAGACAAAAACAGUGAUUCACAUGAGCCGGCAGCCUGACACACUCUGGGGUGUGCCACCACACGUCUGAGCUGUCAUCCGCCGCACAUCAAACCAUCUGCUGACUGCAGGAAGGAAACCUCUGCCCACUGCCGGCGGCUCGCAGGACAAAUCCAUGAGGGCCAGGAGUUGGCAAACGUGUGGAGCGGUGCCUCUUCUUGUGUCAUUAUCGGCUUUAAUGCUUGAUCGGGUGAUUUGAGCCACAAAUGUUGAUCAAUAAUCACAUAAUCUGAGUAAUUUAUUGUGUUUAUUGAUUCAUUUUUGCUAAUAUUAUAAAAUGUUAUAAUCUGGCCUCUUGACUUUAACACAUGUGAAUUAAAUCAAUUAAUUGUUACAACCUUACUUUUUCCUUAUUUAAACUAACAUUGAAAAUAAAGACAUUGCAAUAUCUAUUUUUAGUAA